CACCGCCAUGAUAGUUUACAGCCGGAGGACAAUUAAAGGCGCACAAGCAAGUCCGACCAAUCACAUCCAUGUAUUGACGAAUCAGCGGGCAGAUUUUAACUCCGCCCUCAAAGUUUUACCCUAUCGCCGAGCGGUGCUUGAAAGAACGAAUGUCCGGUUGGAAACGCAAGUCCGGGCUGCCAUCCGUGUUGUCAAGUGCUGGGAAAAACUCCGUGAAACGUGUCAGACAAUGAGUCUUCUACCUCGAACCGCAGAAGAGUUCAGCUCGGCAGAAUAUUGGGACAGGUUCUUUAAGAGACGUGGAGAGAAUGCUUUCGAGUGGUAUGGAGAUUAUAACAAACUUUGCGGCAUUCUGCACAAGUACAUCAAAGUACAAGAUAAGGUGUUGGUGAUUGGCUGUGGAAACUCUGAGCUGAGUGAACAGCUGUAUGAUGUUGGGUAUAAACAUCUGACUAAUAUAGACAUAAGUGAGACAGUGGUGACCCAUAUGAACCAGCGCAAUGCUGCACGCAGGCCAGGUCUCAGCUUUCAUCAGGUGGAUGCCACCCAAACUCUGUAUAAGGACGCCAGCUUCCAGGUUUCUCUGGACAAGGGGACCCUGGAUGCAAUGGCAUCAGAAGAAGGAGGUGAUUUGGCCAGCAGGAUGCUUCAUGAGGUAAGCCGCGUCCUCAGCAUUGGGGGGCGAUAUAUCUGUGUGACUCUGGCUCAGGAGCAUGUUAUCUCUCUGGCUGUGGAGCACUUCGUUCACAUGGGCUGGGCAGUGAGACUUCAUUGCAUUCAGGAAGAAAGAGGAACCGAAGAAGAGGACUCCUUUGCUCUCCCUGUCUUUGUUCUUGUCUGCAUUAAGUUCCGUCAACCCUUGGCCACGCCCAUUCUGGAGUUGUGUAUUGGAGACAGUGGAGCUCCAGUCAGGCAGGAACAAGUCUGUGAACUAUUGUCAGCUGUAAGGGAGCAUCAAGCAUACUCUGUUUUGAGAAAGAGGCUUCGGACGAGUUUUAACCCAAGCGCAAACCUCUCACUGACGCUCUGCCAGGCCAACAGUGGCCUUCCCAGAUACACACUCACAGUUCAAGAUAGUCCUCCUGGAGGCAAAAUACCACGGUCUAACCAGUUUGCUAUUUUUAUUGUUCCUCGAGGCAGUGAGACAGCUUGGCUCUACAGCUCACCUGAGGGCAGAGGACAGCUUGCUGCCAGCGCCAACUUCCGGCGACUGGUCAUCGUUGCAAUGCACAGAAAUCAGGAGUACACAGACAUGCAAGCAGUCCAAGCAGAGCUGUCACCAGUGGUGAUGGACUUGGCUCCCCCGGGUAUGCCUGCCAACCACCAGGUUCCUUUCCUGACAGUAGGAGGGGACCUCGGAUGGCGAGAGGAGGUCUUCAGGGGCAGGAGUCAGCUCAGUGGAGAGUACUGUGUGGAGAAUGUUCGAGGGGAUGAUGGAGAACCCUACCGUAGACUGGUUUUCCUGUCCAACAACGCACUUGUCCAGUCAGAGAGCCGGCUGCUGUCAUCAGGUUCUGCUUAUGGUCCAGCUUCAAGACAGAAGAAGAGCAAAAAGAGGGCGAAAGCCUCAGCUGCGGCGGCGCCUUCCUCCGCCUCUCUGUCGGUGGACAGCGGCUUCCUCUGCUGCGCUCAUCAUCAGGUCAUGGUCGCUGCUCUUGCUUUGCUUCAAGAGGGAAUGCAACAUGGCACAGAUGCGUCAGUGUCUGUUCUCCUGGUGGGGCUUGGUGGAGGAGGCCUGCCUCAGUUUCUGAGAGAUUUUCUUCCCGGAGUGUCAGUUGAAGUUGUAGAACUGGACCCAGUCAUGCUGGAAGUGGCAAAGGAAUGGUUCGGGUUCAGACCAGACAGUCGUUUGACUGUGACUGUUGGGGAUGGCCUGGAACACAUCUGUGCGCUGGAGAAAGGUGGUCGUUUGUUCGACGCCAUCAUGUUGGAUGUAGACAACAAGGACGGCUCCUUGGGGAUGAGCUGCCCCCCUGCUGCGUUCGUGGAAACCCCUUUCCUCCAAAAAAUUCACAACUUGCUGACCUCCAGAGGUCUGUUCAUUCUAAACCUUGUGUGUCGUGACCCAAAUCUGAGAAAAAACGUCCUGGAGGGUGUGAGCAGCGUCUUUCCCACAGUCUUCUCUCAAAAGAUAGACCAGGAAGUCAAUGAAGUCCUUCUGUGCUUCCAUGAUCAAAAGGACACCACCCACAUCCUUAUGUCGCUGAACAAAUGUGCCCAGGAUCUGCAGAGCGCCCUGAGCUCCACCACAACUGAAGCCUGCUGCAGAGCACAAAUAGACAUCUCAGAGCUGUUGAAGGACCUCACUGUGGAGUAAAGCCUGUUGUGACAGCACUUGUUUUUGUGCUAUGAGAAUCAGUACUCCUUUCUCUGUGUCCUCAAUGAAGGAGGCAUGAGAUCUGAUUGUAAUGUUAUAUGCUUGAUGUAGAAAUGCAGGUUUCAGUUUCUUGUUCA